UCCUCCAGUCCGCACGCAGACAGACAGACAGACAGGCGCAGACUCGGCGCGGGAUCGGAGCCUGCUGCGCCUCAUCUGAGGAAGAACUGCGUCCGGGGGCAAAAAAAAAAAAAAAAAAAGAAACAAAAUCGCGCAAAAAACAAAAACAAAAGAAAACGCGCCUCUCCGUACCGUGUGCGAGUGAGAGAAAGAGAGCGAUAGCGCGUGCGCGCGCGCGCGUGUGUGUGUGCUCGCGCUCUGUAUUUUCUUUUUUUUACUUUUUAAAAAAUUUUUUUAUAGGCGAUCGUUGUUGAGAAUAAUCGGCUUUUUUAGGUGAACGUUUCCACGGGACCAACAGAGGGGGGGUUCUGGACUUUGCAGAGGAAACGAGCCGCUUCAGUCCCGACAGGCAACCAGCACAGAGGCUUUGAUCAGGAAUCAUGGGAAAGCAAAACAGCAAGCUGACUCCCGAGGUGAUGGAGGAUCUGGUGAAGAACACUGAGUUUAAUGAACACGAGCUGAAACAGUGGUACAAAGGCUUCCUGAAAGAUUGCCCCAGCGGCCGGCUGAAUCUGGAUGAGUUCCAGCAGCUCUACGUCAAGUUCUUCCCGUACGGCGACGCGUCAAAAUUUGCACAACACGCCUUCAGGACCUUCGACAAAAACGGAGACGGCACCAUCGACUUCCGAGAGUUCAUCUGCGCCCUGUCCAUCACCUCCCGCGGCAGCUUCGAGCAGAAACUCAACUGGGCCUUCAACAUGUACGACCUGGAUGGCGACGGCAAAAUCACCAGAGUGGAGAUGCUGGAGAUAAUCGAGGCGAUCUACAAAAUGGUGGGCACCGUGAUCAUGAUGAAGAUGAACGAGGACGGCCUGACACCGGAGCAGAGGGUGGACAAGAUCUUCAGCAAAAUGGAUAAGAACAACGACGACCAGAUCUCGCUGGAGGAGUUCAAGGAGGCGGCGAAGAGCGACCCGUCCAUCGUUCUCCUGCUGCAGUGUGACAUGCAGAAGUGAAGCCGCAUCCCUGCACCCCACCCGACACCACGACCCCCGACCCCCUCCCACUUCCUGCUUGCGCCCCCCCACCCCCCACACACACACCCCACCCAGUCUGUAUCCACACACUCUGGACAGCCGCACACGGUUUAAUGUCUCAUUAGGUUCUUUGCCAUUUCCACAGGGGGAAGAAUAAAACAGAAGAAGUAGAAAAAAAGAAAAAAAAAAAGAAAAACCACCAGUAAUAACUUAAAAGAGAAAAAAAACAACAACAAAAUGCUUGGACUAUUUUUCAAUGGACUCGCUUCUUGUGGUCGUAUGCAUGAGAAAUGUCAAAAUGCAGAAUCAUUUUGAAAAAUAGCUAUAAGAUAUAUCACAGAUUUCUAUUUCUGAACAUGCCAGCGUGAUUUGUGCACAGUAACCCUGUACAUCCUCACCUCUAGCUUGUAUAUCAGUGGAGCACUUGCAUUCAGUUCUGUUUCUGCAGUAUCUAGGAACCCACCCCUCUUUACCCACCCCAGUGUUCACCGCUGCAACUACUGUAUGCUUUACUUGAUAGUAACAAAAAACAAUAAUUCCUAUGAUAAUUGUAACUGUCUCUACUAUCCAGACUUGUUGAGCUCUCGGAGAAUAGAAAACGGCUCCCGUCUGUUCCAGAUGUUCUCACUCAGUGGAACCGAGAAGAGUAGGUUCUUUGCAUGCAUAUAUUACGUGUCGAGAAAAAACAAACAAAAAAACUAUAUAAUCUCUUACCUUUUUUUUUGCAUCUUUAGGUGCCUAUAAAAAGACAUAAAAUGGAAAAUUCAUUUAGUAUUGUUGCAUGGGCUGUACAGUGUGUGACGCACCCUGUCAUUAGUUCACCCCCUGCCCUCCACCCACUAACGUGGGAGCAUCCCCACCCCUCCUCCCCUCCCAUUCGAUUCAGCAUUGGUGUGAGAUACUUGAGUUGUCGGAAAGGCGUUCGGGCCAGUGGCGCCCCAAAUAGGGGGGACACAAGAGUCGUGGCCCCCUCUUGAAAAAUCCUGGCCUCCCCAGAGAAUCAUAUUCAUGUUACAGAAAAGUGUAAAGCGUCACCCGCUUUAAUGAAAACAUCAAUGAACAACCCUAUAAAUAAACAAAUAUAAAGUAGUUAUAUAACAUAUAGUAAAUAUUACAUAUAAUUGGGUUUUAUUUUAUUUUAUUUUUAGCAAAAUGGCCUCCUAAAAUUUUUAUUGGCCUGGUCUGGCCAACCUUAUGAAAUAAUCUGCGGGGUGCCACUGGUUCGGGCUGCAGCUGUGGAUCGGAGAGCUUUGACGUCGGCACGCUGCGCCGUGUUUUGGCUUCAGCUGCUUGUACGAUGAGCAGAAAUCUACUCGUGCGUGUGUGGACAUAAAUUUUUUUUUUUCGUUCCCUUUCUUUUGAUCACGUCGUACUGCUGCCCUUUUAGAGAAAAGGUCAGAAUCCCCGCCAUCAUCAGGCGCAGCACUCCAAUAAUUGGCUUCUUCUUCUCUUCUCUCUCUUUUUUUUUUUUUUUUCAGGCUGCUUGUUUUGAUUUAAACUUGAAGAAAUACUAAUAAUGACAACAGCGAUGAAAAAAAGGGUAACUUUAACUUACAUAUCAACAUGUUUACAGAAACAAAGAGCACUGCGAAACGAGUACGUUCUUGGCUUUUGGGUCCGCUGCUUGGGGCUCGCUCUCAAGGCUUAGGGAACCUGUGAGGGUGACUCCACUUCCAACGCAGCCAAAACAACGACAAUGACGAUAACAAUAAUGACAAAGCCUCAUCUAUGUUUACUGGACACACUGCAUUCCUUUGUGUGAAACAUUUUUGUAAGGAGAAACUUUUUAUUGAAAGGUGUCACCUUCCUGUUUACCUGUUUGCAGCGAUCAUUAAAGAUGCGGGAACCUCAAAGAGGCGUUCGGUGGCGUUUCUUACACUGUGAGACGGUCGCGUUUGGUUACUGCCGAAAUGUUUCUCUUUCCGACAGUUUGCACCUCUUCCGUCCACUCCCCCUCCACCCCUCUCCUCUCCUCUCAUGUUAGGCUAUGCAAGCAUGGACUGGGAGUCUGCUUGUUGUCCACUUGCACAAGUGGAAGUUGCAGAAGAAGCUUUUCAUUGUUUUUGUUUUUUUUAUUUUGUCUGGAACAUAAAUGAAGCCAACCCCCCGCCCACAUCUUCAGUGACUGGAUUAUUUCUAUAUUUUAGUCCAGAUUUAUCCCCCACCACCUCCUUAUUUUUGUCGAGUAAAUGUUUCUAUCAGAUAUGAAAACUCAUUAUAACAACUAACUGUAUUCUUUUAUACAUGUGGCAUGUGUUGCACCCAAACUCGGUUCUGUAGUGUUUGAAACAAAUAAACCAUCGACAGGCUUUUUGGAAAGACA